CGUGAUUGAUUGGAGGAGUUCAUAGGCUGGCACCCCCAUCGCGUCUCCAGCCGCUCACGCUCCACAUGAUUGGUCCGCCUCCUGCGGCCGCAGCCACCAGAGGCGCCUCCUCUCAUAAACCUCCUCUAACUGCGGUAAACUUUCCCAUUACUUCCAAGAGAAGCAGAGGCUCACUGUUAGGAAGUUUGCUUGCGACCUAUAUGGCACACUUGUAGCAGGGUAGACCACUCCCUGGCCAUUUUUAUUUACCCCUACGGUGUAUGGAAAGUGCUCCUGGAUGGAACUGGGUGAAAACAGCUGGUCCAUGGUCAAGCGAGAAGUGUCCAGCAGCCCAGGGUCACCGGCUGAGCAGAACUACCUGCCCGGUGACAGCAGGAGGGACGGCACCACCUCGGAUGAGCUGAGGACACCUCCGAACGAGCUUGACGCGCUGGGGCACCGUCGCUCCGACAGCAGAUCCCUGCACUCCUACCUUCACUUCGGACACCAUAACAACACCCUGACCACUACCGAGGAUAUCCCGCUGUUUACGGAUUUAGACCAGGGGAGCAAACUCGUCCUCUCCACCGGAGCACACAAGACAAGCUUGCUGGUGGACCCGGCCGACAUGUACCAAACACUGGCCAUUGCGGCCCAGAGCCAGACUGGAUAUGAUUCAAGUUCUGGUGGUUAUAUGCACUCCAACCCUAACUCCCCGGUGUAUGUCCCUAGCUCGCGGGUGGGCACCAUGAUCCCCAGCCUGUCUUAUCUGCCGGCCAACGUGUCUGCUCAGCCCGGCCACGCCGUCUCCAGCCACUCGGUGUGGUCACAGUCCACCCCAGAGAGCCCUUCGUACAGCACCGGGAGCCCGCACGCCUCCAGUCGUUUCCACUACCCUCCAAGCCCGCCCAUCAAUAACGGGACCCCCAGGGACACGGGCUACAGUAACACACUGAAUAUGAGCAGCAGAGACCAGUACAGCCUUUCUCGUCCCCUCAGCGGGACCUACCCGAGCCCAUACUCCCCGUACGUUGCACCCCAGCUACCCUCGCCUUGGCCCGGGGCACCUUUUGAUAACACGAUGCUCCACACCUUGCAAAGCAGGAGUGCGCCCUUGAUUCGAGGACCAAAUGGAGUUUCAGAUAUUCUGGACGACAUGGGGGAGAGCAGAGAGUGCGUGAACUGCGGCUCCAUCUCCACGCCGCUGUGGAGGCGCGAUGGCACGGGCCACUUUCUCUGUAACGCCUGCGGCCUCUAUAGCAAAAUGAAUGGCCUGAGCCGGCCAUUAAUUAAACCACCGAAAAGGACGUCAACGUCCAGAAGAAUCGGCCUUUCCUGCGCCAACUGUCAAACCAGUACCACCACUCUGUGGCGCAGAAACGCGGAGGGAGAGCCGGUGUGUAACGCGUGCGGCCUCUACACAAAAUUACACGGAGUACCCCGGCCGCUCGCCAUGAAAAAAGAGGGAAUCCAGACGAGAAAAAGAAAACCGAAAACUUUGAAUAAAGCAAAGGGAUCCUCUGGAAGUAGCAACUCUGUCUCCAUGACUCCUACAUCCACCUCUUCAUCCAAUUCUGAAGACUGCUCGAAAACCAGCUCUCCCUCUGGACAAGUGUCAGGGAUCAGUUCAUCUGUGCUGUCCAGCUCUGGGGAGGGAGCAGGCUCGGGCUCGGCCGUCAAGUAUCCGGGACAGGACGGCCUGUACAGCAGCGUGGGCUUGACCCAGUCAUCGGACGUGGCUUCAGUGAGAGGCGAACCCUGGUGCCCCAUGGCCUUAGCCUGAACAUUUUAAACUUCUGGGCGGACAGAAAUCCCCGGCCCCUUGUGUCUGGAUGCUGUGUAUUGUGGAAGUAUUUGGGUGCAGUGUUGGUUUCCUUCCCUCUCAGCUGAUGCAAGAAGAGUCGGACGAGAGGGGUAAAGAAGUUUGAGAUGACCUUAAGUCAGACUAGAAGCUUGAAUCAAGCAUGGAGUAUCUGCGAUUGGGUUCCAGAUUGAUGUCAGGGUGUUUUUUUUGUUUUGUUUUUUGCCUUAAAAUACAACAACAUCAACAACAAAAGGGAAACGCCAGGCCAAAUGAUCAAUUAGGUGGCCUGCUAUGGAUGGUUGCUGGACCUGCACUCGGUAUCUCUCCCAUCCGUGGCACACAGAACCAAAUCUGGGUUCCUUAAAGAAAGCCAUCUUGUACAUAACGGAUUUCUCUUUGAAGAUGUUGAUUGGAUAUCAGUGCUUCACACAAGCGCUGAACUCUUUGUGGACGUUUUUUGAUUUUUUUGUUUUUUCCAAAACUGGAAUCAUGCCAUAAGUGCCGAGACAACUUACAUGAAUCAAAAGAAAGAAAAAUAUUUAUGAAUCUUCCAUAGUUGAAAAACAUGUCUAUGAUUGUUAAUAAAGAUAUCAAUAUAGAGUAGAAGUUAAACCAUUCUGAUGUCUUCUUUUCUAUUCUCUGUCUCUCGAUAAGCGGUAGUACAGUAGUGUUGAAUGUGCACGUUUUCCACUGAAAGCUCUUACUUACUGUAUUUGACUGAAACUAGUUUGGUUUAAACAGGGUAUAAAUGACUAUAUCACAUCGUGUUGUGUUUAAUCGUUUAAAAAAAAGAGAGAAAAAGAUGCAAAAACAAUCAACUUCUUGAGACUUAAUUUUGGCAUGAAAACACUGUCGGCCGACGGGCAGCAUUACGGUACUACUUCUACAAAAUCUCGCACAUGUAAAGCAGUUGGAUGGCUUGUUUGAACAAAGAAUGCCCAGAAUAGCUGUAGGACCCUCUGACCUUUAUGUUCUUAGACAUAAACUGCAAACGAAGGCUGCUGGCCGCGCUACCUGACUCACUAUAAACUGUAUACCCUUCAUAAUAAUAACAUGUGCUGUUGCAUCAUAUUUCAGCCAAAAUUAGACCAAAGUGUAGAGUGAGGUCACCUCUGAACAAAUCCGUGCUCACUGUGAUGACUGUGAUGAAUCGCUGUAAUGAUUAAAAGGAGAAUUGUUAAUGUAACAUGUUCUUAUGAAGCGCAACCUCACAGGUCAUGCCAAAUCAUGAAUUUGAGAAGCCUUUUUGAUUUUUCAUUUUGUUGCAUGACCUAAGCAAGUGGUGUGGGAGCUUCAAGAGCUAUUUCAGGCUUUAAAAAAAAAAACAACCCUCCUCCCACCCCCACCCGAAGAGACUGAAACCUGAAGGCUGAUAAGUUACAUGUAAAUGUUAGCACAAAGAGUUAUUUUUUUCUUUGCUUUUGUUCACAACUUGCUUCAUCCUAAAAAAGAGCAUGUCAUUCACGCAACCGGACUUAUUUAUUUUUCUGAAAUAACAUGUUUUCUUGUUGUUUUACUAUUUUUUUUUUUUGAACAUUAUGAGAAAUUAUUUAAAUUCAGUCCAAUAAAUUGUUCUGGUGAUGCAAAUAAAUCUGCAGUUUGUUUUUAAAA